GUCCGCCGGGGCCCUCCCUCCGUCCCUCGCUCUCUGCGUUCGUCCCUGCUUGCACUGCAUAGGAUGUCCCUUGCUCCACGUCUGCCUGCCCACGCCUAUUAUCAUGGCCUCAUGGAUUCGCUUCGGCUGCGCUGAUGAGACCCUCCGGGAAGCUCCGUAAUCACCUCCCUUUGCAAGUUAAGUACAGAUCAUGUGUGUGUGUAAGUGAGUGAGUGAGGAAGUAAGUAAGCGUGUCUCUUGUGUGUGAGUGCUGUUGUUGUGUGUGUGUCAGGGGUUGCGACUGCAUCUCUGAGUGUGUGCACGCUUGUGGAAUCUAUUUCACGAAGAUGAGUCGCGAAGACCUGCGGGUAUUUGCGUUUCAUGCAAUUGGGAGGUUUGUUGUUGUGCAGAAUUAGCGAGUUGCUGUGAUCGACCGAUUAUUAGUUAUGAGAUUAAUUCGAGGUCCGGAGAAUUGGUUUCGAUUCGAGGUCUGGUGUGAGACUUCUGGUGGAGGUGUGGUGUCGGGUUGGUGCUAGCUGGAGGGACGUAAAGAUUUUCUGUUUGAUGAUGUGAAUUAUGAAUUUAAUUUUGAACUCGUAAUGGAUUUUGUUGUAAAUGCUGAUUUUCGUGUGGCAUGUUUGAAUAUUGCAUAAUUCUUCCGUUUCUGUUGUGUGCGUUGUAGUAUGGAGUAUGCUGUGGCUAAUAUUUGUACUCGCUGCUGGCUCCUGGAGCUAUUAAUAUUGUCGAUAUUACUGUAUGUGAACUCAUCGGGUUUGCUCCUGGUUGUUCAACUACUUUCCUCAAUCUUUGUCUCCGAAAGGGAACACGUAUCAUCCAGGAUUCAAGUUGAUGUCUUUUUGUCGUCAAGUUCUAACGAGAGACAUGCCGUGGUACUUCCGUAUUCGUGGUGAACUUUUUGGCAUUUGUAUUUUCCUUGGUAUAUUUGUGUGAAAUUUUCUAGCACGAAUCUAAUGGUGAAUUUUGAGUGCAGACUCGUCAUUUUCCGUGCAAUGACUCUUUCGUGCCCUCUUUUCCUCUCGAAGAAUGGUCUAGAGGUUUUCAAGGUUUAUUUGUUGACGAAAUUGAAUGUUAGAGAUUCAUUCUAAACUCUCAGCUUAUCAGUGCUUCUGAGGCGAUGAAGCAGUUACUGUUUUAUGUGUUGGUUUUUGUAGUGGACUUGACCUCAUCAUCAAGGUGGACAAGCUAGGUCUGAAAGCGAAGGCUCAAUGCCGGCUUAUCUUCGCGACAGGGCGAUGGGAGGUUUGCAAGUCGUAACUCUGCUCGAAAUCAAGCCUUCUGAUGAAGCAUCCCUCUUGCUGGAGCAUCUUGUUUUGAAAGGGUUACUAAGGAAGAAAGUGAUAAUCAGAUGCGAGUUGCAUUGAAUUGCCUCAGCAUCAGAAAGUCGUACUACACUGGUUGUAUCUGCGAGCAACAUUAUUUGCCGAUACCUAAAUUUUGCUUAAUUAGAUUCUGCGAGCUUUUUAAAGUCUACAGAGAAGCUGGAAUGAGUGGAAUUUAUCCAGCAAAUUUUAAACGUGAUCACGAAUAAUUUGACUAGGAAAAUGGCACACCAAAUGCCCGGAACGGCGACCUUUUACGUUUACAUUGUGAUCGUAGUUGGACUGGUCUUAUUUGCCGGUUUGAUGUCAGGUCUUACCCUGGGACUGAUGUCGCUUGACUUGGUUGACCUUGAGGUUCUCCAGAAGUCUGGCACGCCAGCCGAUCAGAAAUAUGCUGGGAAAAUUCUCCCAGUGGUGAAAAAUCAACAUUUGCUGCUCUGCACUUUGUUGAUUGGAAAUGCGCUGGCCAUGGAGGCGCUUCCCAUUUUCCUCGAUUCGUUGGUCGAGGCUUGGAGUGCUAUACUCAUAUCCGUGACCUUGAUUCUCUUAUGCGGCGAGAUCAUACCUCAAGCGGUUUGCUCACGGUAUGGGUUAGCAGUUGGAGCCGCUUUGUCACCUGUAGUUCGCGUACUCCUUCUGCUCUUCUUCCCAAUUUCAUAUCCAAUCAGCAAGCUUCUUGAUAGUAUUCUUGGAAAAGGGCACAAAACGCUCUUUCGGCGCGCUGAAUUGAAGACCCUAGUAGAUUUUCAUGGUGAUGAGGCUGGAAAAGGAGGAGAAUUAACUCGCUACGAAACAACGAUUAUUGGUGGUGCUCUCGAGUUGACAAAGAAGACUGCCUCUCAAGCGAUGACCCCGAUUGAGGAUAUUUUUGCAUUGAGUGUUAAUGAUAAACUUGACAUGAAAACAAUGAGGAUGAUCAUAGCUAGAGGGCACAGUAGAGUGCCCAUAUAUGCUGGCGAAAAAGAAAACAUUAUAGGACUUCUUCUUGUUAAGAACUUAUUGACUCUACCUUCCCAGAAUGAGACUCCAGUACGAAAGUGCACAAUCAGGGAGAUACCCAGGGUGGACGAGGAUGCGCCAUUGUACGGCAUUCUAAAUGAAUUUCAGAAAGGUCAUAGUCAUAUGGCAGUGGUUGUUAAGUACAAUAAGGAGAAGGCUGAGUCCAUACAUCAAGUCCGUAAGAGGCAAUUCAGAUCUCACCGCAGUUCAAAAACGAGACUUGAUGCUGCAGGUUUGGGGUGUCAAGACCUCAUGGUUAGAGUUGAGAUACCGGAUGAAGGAUCCACCUACCAAGAGAAUGGACACAAACAAUUUGGACCACUGAGAGUAGAGAAAACUGGACUUGGAAAUGAAUUGAGGGGACGUUCUCUACCUUUCAUUUCAGUGCCAAUUGUAAAACUUAAUGACGAAGGUACUCCUGGUCAUCCUCUUCCGCAGCGCAUCAAGAAAUUGGUGAAUUCUGCGGAUCGUAAUGUUCUAGAGAUUCGUGAAGGGUCAUUACCAAGUUUUGCAAAUGACGAGGUGGUCGUGGGUAUUAUAACCAUGGAGGACCUCAUUGAAGAACUUCUACAGGAGGAGAUUCUGGAUGAGACGGAUGAGUACGUAGACAUAUAUAACAAAAUAAAGGUCAACAUGAUACCACCAGGAGGGAGAAGUCCUGCGUCACCAUUAUCAAGUGCAACACUGAUGGUCUCCUCUGUAGUAGGAAACAACCUGACAAAUAUUCCUGCUUUGCCAGCUUCAUCUGCACAUAUUACUCACAAUGUGACGCCUGCUAACUCGCUCUCUACCUGGAUAUCUCCGUCGUUGUCACCACUUUCAACCUCCUUAGUCAAUAGUCAGCGGUAUACAAAGAGUAUUUAGGAAGUAACUUAUGGAGACUCUUGGGAUCUAAUUAGUAUUUUUCAGUCGGUAAUGACUGUUUUGAGGGAUUAAGUUCUCUGGCUGGUAAAAUAUGGAACAUAAACUACCAAGCUUUUGCCGCAUUCCGAACUUUUUAAAACUGUAUGCUUGUAAUUGAACUUUAUAAACUUCAGACCGUUCAUUUUGAA